GUGUCGCGAAAUAGCCCUGAGAUUCUUGAAGCACAUUACACGUGGACAUAUGAAUGGGCUAUUAAUUCGGAUAUGAAUUACGUCGAGAACUGUGUUAUUGUGGAUGGAGCUGGUUUCAAUAUCAACAUGAGAAGCCCUUUCGCUCGUUCAAUGAGAGGCACACCAGCAAUUGUUGAAACACCAACCACUCGCGCGAUCACUCACACUGUUUUAGAAGCCAUAACAACAAACGAUGUCAUUGCACUUGAGAUCAGAGAGCCUCUAAAGCCCAAAAAGAUGAAGAUUGCUGGAGGCCGAAAGAGAAAUGCUUCUGCAGGUAAAAAGAUGCCCAAUGAACUGUUACUGGGUACUAUAUGA